UUGCUGGCUCGGGAGCGCUUCCGGUUUCCCAGCUAUACGAGCGGGGUCUGACUUCCGGCCUUGGAGAGGCAGGCGCGGACCGCUCUUUUCACGCUUUCCGGUGGUGUUGGCGAGCGCCGCAGUCAUGUCUUACCCGGCUGAUGACUACGAGUCUGAGGCUGCUUAUGAUCCCUAUGCUUACCCCGGAGACUAUGAUAUGCACACAGGGGAUCCAAAGCAGGACCUUGCUUAUGAACGUCAGUAUGAACAGCAGACCUAUCAAGUGAUCCCUGAAGUGAUCAAAAAUUUCAUCCAGUAUUUCCACAAAACUGUCUCGGAUUUGAUUGAUCAGAAGGUGUACGAGCUUCAGGCCAGUCGUGUUUCCAGCGAUGUCAUUGACCAGAAGGUGUAUGAGAUCCAGGACAUCUAUGAGAACAGCUGGACCAAGCUGACUGAAAGAUUCUUCAAGAAUACACCUUGGCCUGAGGCUGAAGCUAUUGCUCCACAGGUUGGCAACGAUGCUGUUUUCCUGAUUUUGUACAAAGAAUUAUACUACAGGCAUAUAUAUGCCAAAGUCAGUGUGAGUAUUUUUUUGAGGUGUUACUACACUGCAUUCAGGUUUGUGGCACUUCUGGUGGCCAAGUCAGCUGAUUUUUACUCAGUGACAUUCCAACGCAGCCUUGCCUUCCCUUACUUGCCCCUGCUGAAGCAUUCACAGUCUCUGUUCCUCUCAGGUGACCCCGAGAGUGUGGCUGGGGAGUAUGGACGGCACUCCCUCUACAAGAUGCUGGGCUACUUCAGCCUGGUGGGGCUCCUGCGUCUGCACUCCCUGUUGGGGGAUUACUACCAGGCCAUCAAGGUGCUCGAGAAUAUUGAACUCAACAAAAAGGUACAUGCUGUGGCCUCCAGCUAUCUUCCCAGAGCUGGAACAUCUGUUUUGAGAGGGCCUCCUCCAGUGAGGAGUCCAGGAGACAGGGAGGAGGGCUUGGCCCAGGAGAGUGAGGGGAGGUUUGGACGCGGCUGGGGAGGUUCUGACUGCUGUGUGCAAGGGGACGGGAGAAGUGAAAGCUUUGUGCAGAGGGCAGCUGAGAGGGUGGGCAGUGGGUUUGGGGGACCCAAAAGUCCCUCUCAUUUGACCCUGCGCUCAUGUCCUCUCCACCCCCAGAUUAACAAACAGAACGAGCAGAUGCACGCGCUGCUGGCCAUCGCGCUCACCAUGUACCCCAUGCGGAUUGACGAGAGCAUCCACCUCCAGCUGCGGGAGAAGUACGGGGACAAGAUGCUGCGCAUGCAGAAAGGUGACCCGCAGGUCUAUGAGGAACUUUUCAGCUAUUCCUGCCCCAAGUUCCUGUCGCCUGUGGUGCCCAACUAUGACAACGUGCACCCCAAUUAUCACAAAGAGCCCUUCCUGCAGCAGCUGAAGGUGUUUUCUGACGAAGUGCAGCAGCAGGCCCAGCUCUCCACCAUCCGCAGCUUCCUCAAGCUCUACACCACCAUGCCCGUGGCCAAGCUGGCCGGCUUCCUGGACCUCACCGAGCAGGAGUUCCGUAUCCAGUUGCUUGUCUUCAAACACAAGAUGAAGAACCUGGUGUGGACCAGUGGCAUCUCCGCCCUAGAUGGCGAGUUCCAGUCGGCCUCCGAGGUUGACUUCUACAUCGAUAAGGACAUGAUCCACAUUGCAGACACCAAGGUCGCCAGGCGCUAUGGGGAUUUCUUCAUUCGUCAGAUACACAAAUUUGAAGAGCUUAAUCGAACCCUGAAGAAGAUGGGACAGAGACCCUGAGGACACUCAAGCUGGGGUC